CCCUGUGUUUAUUCACGUCACACUAGACAAACGCGAUAAGGAAAGUCAACCGGUUUUUCUCUGUCGGGUGACGUGACAUACAUUUAUAGUUACAGUCAAGUUGCCCGGAUGUACUUCCAGAGGGCGCUUCAAUUGAGCUGGGACUCGCUUAAGAUGUCCCUAGUUAUUGUCUCCCUUGUCCUGGCACUCAGCAGUCCGGCAUGCACCGCUCCAGCUAGCCAGUGCGCAUGUGCGUCUGUAGACACUGUGAUUGAGCGGGUAUUCGGGUCCAAGGACAACAGUUUUGGGACACUCAGUUCCCCGAGUUGUCUCCCAUAUCAAGGAGACCAGAAGGCCAUCAAUGACGGUCGGAUAUACGCCCAUGUGUUGUAUCAGGGACAGAAUGCCUGGUUGUUGACGUCUGAUAUCUACAUCAAGAAUUGUCAUGAAUCAUUCGACUGUGUCUGCGCCACGGCGGCGGUAGAUGUCUUGACUGGAUAUGGAACCGGAAGUACUACAAUGACGACCUUGACCUCUGGUCAGUGUGUGACCUUGCAGGGGAAGACGUACAACUCCACUGCAGGGACCUGGUUACAAGUCAACGCCAACAACAAGAUCGGAUGGAUUAAGAAAGGGAAUGUUGUGUUCCAUGAGAAUUGUGGAGGCCAUUCCCAAGCCGCUUCUUCCGUUGUCCAACUGCCCGGAUGUCCUAAAAUCAUAACACGUGCAGAGUGGGGAGCACGUGCACCACGCUCUCCACACGUGAAACUCGCCCAUACUCCGUACUACGCAUUCAUCCACCACGGUGCGACAGCAGGCUGUUUUACACGAGGAGAAUGUGUCAGGAUGAUACAGAGCUAUCAGAACUUUCACAUGGACGGACACGGCUGGUCCGACAUCGGCUACAGUUUCGUCAUCGGCGAGGACGGCAAUGUGUACGAGGGGCGUGGCUGGGACGCUGUGGGGGCACACACCUACAACUACAACAGUAGAGGACUUGGGUUCUGCGUCAUUGGGAACUUCAUGCAGCGUCUCCCACACCAGGCGGCACAGGAUGUCCUCCAGAAGAUUAUAGCCUGCGGGGUCAGCAACGGCAAACUGACGUCCACAUACACGAUGCUUGGCCACCGGGACGUUGGUGGUGCAUCAGGGGCUACGUCUUGUCCAGGGGAUAUGUUCUAUGCCCUCAUACAGAAGUGGCCCCAUUAUAACGCGCCUGUCAUCCCAAGCACAAAAUAGAAGCAAUUCAAGAUAUUAGUAAUAAAACAUAUCUGAUGUAUAUUUACAUAUUUUAAAGAAUGUCUUACUUUUUAAAAUCUUUUUCAUCCCAUUUGGCUUAUGCAUCAUAAUUAUUCUAAAUGAUUAAAGGCAGCAUGGACUAUUAAUAGCAGCACGUAUCAACUAUUUCUUAUUAAUUCUUUCUUGAUCCCCAAUCACAUGAUUUCACAAAACAGAUCAAAUAUAUAUCUUUAUCAUUA